CUCAGAUCUUUGCAGACAAGUGUGACACCAAGACCUAUUUCAAACACAACGUUUUUCUGAAAAUAAUAAGGAACAUUUUUGCUCCGUUAGAAGAAGAGUGAUCGUUUCAAAGAUAAUAAAACGAUCAAGGAAUUUUCUUCAGAAAAAAACCAGGUUAGCAAUAGUAUGUAUGUUUAACGAAAGUUAUGGAACAUAGAAUGCUCUAUUCCUAUAAUAACAAAAAGAGCUCUUUUUGCAUAUAUGUUUUGGUUAAGCAUUCUCUAUCAACUUUUUUAUUAAGCAGAAAAUAUGGCAAUCUUAAUGAAAAUUUUGCUAUCCUUCACUGGGGUUCUGCUUUUUCUUUGCAAUCUCAAUGUGGCUGGUAUAGCGCCGAAAUAUGUCAUCGUUACACCAGAAAAAAUUCGACCUGGUCAACCACUUGAUAUCUAUUUCGAAAUUGAAAAUGAUGGAGAGAAUUUCCCGACUUCGGCAGCAAUUGUAUUCUCACUUGAGGGAACCAACUAUAUGGGAAGGGAGAGAAAAGAAACUGUAAUCUUGUCCAAAAAGUUUGACAUGGAUAUUACAAAACCUAACAUUGUCUUUUUGGACAUUCCAUUCGAUAUUGACCAAAGCUUUGCCUAUUCACUCAACUUAAAAGCUGAUGGGGAAAUUCGUUAUGGUACUUCGAUUGCUAAAUUUAAAAACUCAACAAAAAUUAAUUUUGACAAGAAGAGUAUGUCGAUAUUUAUCCAAACCGAUAAAUCUAUGUAUAAACCAGGCCAGAUGGUUAAUUUCAGAGUUAUUUCUGUUUAUCCCGAUUUGAAGCCUUUUGAUAAACUGCUGAAUAUCGAGAUUUUUGAUCCGAGGAAUAAUAAAAUUGUACAAAAAUUCAACGCUACACAAGAAUUCAAAGGCGUUGUAAGUGACAAUCUACAAUUAAGCGAUCAACCUAUUGAAGGUACUUGGAAAAUCACAGCUCAAUAUGGUACUGAAAAAGUCGAAAAAACCUUUAUAGUUGAAGAAUACGUUUUACCCAAAUUCGAAGUGAAAAUUAAAUCGCCAAGUUACAUUGUUUAUGAUGAUAAAAAAAAUAAGUUGGCACCAAUUACGGAAGAUAUUCAUUUUACAACUGAAGUUUUGUAUACUCAUGGUAAACCUGUGGAAGGUUCGGUCGUCGUUGAUAUUACGAUGUACAAAUACUGUUCAUACAGAUGUCCCAAAUACAAAACAAUCCAGAAAUCUGGCCAAUUAAACAAACUAACUGGUCGUGCUGAUUUUACCUUGUCAUCUGAGGAUAUUUUAUCCAUGACGUCAACAAGAGAAAGAUGGAGAUGGGAGAAACUAGAAAUUCAAUUCAAUGCGAGAGCCACAGAGACUGUUAGUGGUAUUACGUUAAAUGGUACUGGAAAAACUACCGUACGUUUGGAAUCUUUUACAACAGAGUUUUUGAGUUCAACGCCUGAAAACUAUAAACUCGGCUUGCUCUACACUGGCUUUUGGAAAGUUACCCAAAUCGAUGGUUCCCCAAUUACUGAAGAGCAGUUGAAAAAUGAGAAAGGAGAUGAUGAAGUUUUAUCUGUUGAAAUUGGAUACAUCUGGCAGUAUAAUAAAACCAUCAAUGGUCGUAUCGUUACUCAAAGUGGAACUGAAGAAAAAAGAGUAAAAACUUUCCCAAUUCCUAAAUCUGGUCUUGUAUUUGUUACUUUUACCCCACCCAAAAGUAAUAUAAUCAGAGAUAUGUGGUUUGAUACGAUAAAACUUAUGGCCACAUUUAAAACUAAACGAACCUACAAAAGUCUUAGCCAAUUUGUUACUAAGAAAACUAAAGUUGGAUUGCAAAUGACUGUGCAGAACGAUGGAGGAAUAAAUCCUGAUGAAGAAUUGAAAGUACUUAUGACUACUACAGUUGCUAUUCCUAGUUUUACAUAUAUCCUCAUAUCUCGCGGUCGUCUUAUUUUCAACGGUGAAGUAUCUAUGGAUGGACUAUUAGAAAGAGAAUUUUCGAUUUUCAUUUCGAAGGAUAUAUCGCGAAAAAUUGCUCCUUCGGCUAGAUUAUUAAGCUUUUAUAAGUCAGUGGAGAACGAAAUGGUUGCUGAUAGUAUUGAAUUCAACGUUAAUGGCUUAUUCUCUAAUGACGUCAAAAUAUCCUUCAAUAAAGAUCAAGUUUCUCCCGGUGAGAACAUAGACCUCAAUAUUCAAGCAUCGCCUCAUUCAUUUUUGGGAUUAUUGGCUGUCGAUACGUCUGUUCUAUUGUUAGGUGGUGGAAAUGAUUUGGAAAGUAAAGAUGUUAUGACGGAGGUUAAGAAGUAUGACUCAAGCAGUCAUAAUUACUUUCCAUAUGAACGUAGGUUUAGAAGGAAGAGAUCAAUCAUGCCGUGGCCAAUGAGAUGGGGAGCCCAAGAUACAAGUGCAGUGCUAACUAAUGCUGGAGUUCGUAUGAUGACUGAUGCUCUUAUCUACAAGAAAAUUAUUUAUCGUUAUCCAGAAUACUUUCCUGGAAUGCCCGGCGUUCCUGGAAUGGCUGGAUCUGGCCCACGUGGGCAAGAAGGACAGCCUGGCCCUCCUACUGAUAACGAUGGGGUGAAAAGAACUCCUGAAACUGAUGUUGAUACAGGCUCAGUCUCUGUGAGAAAACUUUUCCCCGAGACCUGGUUGUACUUCAAUAAGGCUGUAGGGUAA